AUGGCUCAUGAAUUGCUGGCUGCUUUCGCUGCUGCAGCAACCACCCCCAUGAUGAGGCUCCCCUCCAUUGUUAUUUGGCUAAUAGCAAAUGGUGUCUCUCUCCCCUUGUCACUUUUGAAUGCAUCCCAGGCUUCCCUCGGAUCGAUCGCUGGUAGGGAUCAAUUGUUCCAGAAGAAACCGACUUUCAUCCAUCAAACGCCCCGGGGGAGUUGUAAUCCAGAUACAUACACCACACCUCAACUCAGCACACCCACCCCCAGUUAUGGUCACUACGUUGCCAGGUCAAAGAACAGGGCACCCGCUACCUACCCAUUGUGCAUAGUCUUUUAUUACGGUAAUAAUAGCGGUGCCGGCGGCGGUGGCCAACUCCGCUCUCCCUCCGCGGAAGCAGAGAGGCUAUUACGGCAGCAGGCAGGUACCGCAGUGGAAAGGGGAAAUAAAAUGAAAAAGAAAAAGGCUCGGGAGGAAGAUGGAGCUUCUAAGCUGCCAACCGUCUGUAUUCCGGAUCUCGAAUCAUUCCCUCCUCUCAAUUCCUCUCCUCCGAUCGACUCAGACGUAUCUCGCCCUCUUCCUCCCUCCCUUCGCCUCGACCUCUUCGAUUAUCUCUACAUUAUCCUUUCUGCAACCUACCUCAUGCCGGCUCUCGAGGUCCCCGAGUCCGGGUUGUCUCUCUGCCGAGACAACCACGGCAAUGAUGCUACCACCAAGCCUGUUCAGAUUAUGCGGCUGAAUUUAGCUCAGAGCACUCUUGAUGAGCUGAUCCAGAGCCUCCGGAACGAUCAAACAGCCCGAGUCCGCCUGGGAAAACAUGCGACUCUCUACUACGGCUCCAAAUCCCAACAAUUUCAUCCCCUCCCCGAGACGUGUCGAUCAGAGCUAUAUAGCAGUAGCUCCGCGGACAAGGAAAACCUAUAUUUCAGCGGUGUUUUGAGCCAUAGCUUGGAGGUCCAGAAGGCGAAGGAAGAUACCGCGAGUGCUGACCAGGCAUUGGCCAAUCUGGAGCAAAGUCUAAAUGCCUUCGAAAGAGGGAAAGAGUCGAAGAAGACCGCUAUAAUCACGAGCAUUGAUGAAGUGAGAGCUCUGCGAGCAGGCGACAGCCGAUACGGUACUGGAAAACAGACUGCUCGUUUGGGUCGUGCUCCGGCAAGCAAGGUGGAGCUGGAAAAGGAUCGACUGCUUACUGCCAAUCGCUCCGUUUCCUCGAGCCCGGCUCUGGGAGUUGUUCGAUCACCUGCAUCCAUACCUCCGCUUACGCCUACCUCCGCUCCGCUUUCUCAAAACAAAGAUCGCAUUCGCCUUGAGGCUCUAAAGGUCCCCUUCAUUCACCUCCUCGCCGUCCGGGCAGUUUCCGCCAAAUUCCUCGCGCGACAAACUCGCGCGUCCCUCGAAGACUGCGAGACUCUGGCCCGGAAAUACGGCACCGAAAACCGAAUCAAUCCGGAGAAGUUCGAUCUUAAAGAUAAAACCUAUCGAGAGCUUGAUGUGUGGAAAUUUCCCUAUCCCUCCCAGGAAGAUCGACAGGAGGCAAUUGAGAAUGCCAUCUCUGCAUUUGAUCGCCUGCGAAUCUCCCGGUCCGACAAGCUCUGGCAGAUGCUUCUUCCCAAGGAAGAACGCGGAAAGGGCAAGUGCUUAUCACGCCUGGACUUGCGGACGGGUCCCAUCAAGAAAGCUGCCACGCCUCGGAUACAGGUACAGACAUCUGAUGACAAUAGCAAGGAUGGUUACACUACGGGUCAGGAGACCGACAAGGCUAGUGGGAAUGGUCUAACACCAAGGACGGGUGAGCCGACGUCAGCUCCCAGAUCUGGGACGGUCGCGCAGAAGAAACGGCCCGGCGACAAGGAUGCCGGUGCGAAACGGACCGCCGCAAAGAGCAAGGUUGCGGGUAACAGUACCUUGACGGGACGCGUCACCAAGAAGGCGGAGCGGAAGACGACCGCGAAACAGCCGGAGGGCAAGUUCAAGUCGGCGGAAUUCGUUCAUGACUCGGAUGAGGACGACACCGAUCUGCCAGAUGCAUCGUCAACCGAGAAGCCACAGCCUGCAAAGGCAAAGGCUGAACCAAAACCGCAGACCAAACUGCAGAAGCCCAGCCCUCCCAGGGAAUCCUCUCAUGCGCCUACCCCGAAGGUGGAGCAGCCAGAAGCUACACCUAAAUCGGAGCCGAUCGACCAAGCGUCUCAUCGGCCUAUGGCAGCAAAGAGGCCUCCUUCCUCGCGACCUCCCGCGCAGAAGUCCCCUCAGAAAUCCCCUCAGAAACCGUCGCCCCUCGGGUCUUCCCCCCCAACCAACGCCUCUGAUAUCCAAAAUCGCAGUCGUUCUUCAAGUCAAAACAAUUCUUCAAGUUCCUCGUCAUCAUCGCCCCUCAUAACCCAGGUCAACAAGCCCAGACCUGUUGCGAGCGCGCCCACCGUGAGGAAAGUGGUCAAGACCAAUGGUGUAUCUAAACCGGCUGGAGUUGCCAAUCCCUUGAAGCGCAAGGCGGAGCUUGAGCGGCCUGCAGCGUUAGCUCAAGUCCCCGGGCGUAUUGCGGGGGAUCUGGAACACAAACGGCGGCGAGCCGUGAGCACGUCCAGUGGCAGCACUGGGAGCGCCUCGCCCCCUCUCCGCCGCGAAGUUACCAUCCAGGAGUUGCACGACAAGUCGAAGAAGUUCAAGCGGUUCUACGCCAAAUACCACGCCUUACAUGACGCAUUGGCCUCUCAGCAGAAUCCGUCGCGAGCCGACUUGGAGAAGCUCCAGAGGCAGCACAUUAGUCUGCGGCGGAUGAAGGAAGAGAUAUGGGCCGAACAUCAACAGCUCCGGGGUGGGCUCUAA